AUGUUCCUCCGCGGCGACCUCACCGGCGCGAGGCGCGAGGCGGCGCGCGCCCGCGCGCUGUGCCCGGCGCCCUCCCCGCUGCACCCGGCCGCCGCGCGCGCCAUGGCCGCGUACCGCGUCCACGUCGUCGCGGCGGCGGGCAACGCGCGCGGGCGCGGCGUCGACUGGCACACGCUCCUCGGCGUCCGGCGGGGCGACGGCCUCGACGCCGCCAAGAAGCAGUUAAAGCUGAUGCGCCUCCUCACGCACCCCGACAAGAACCGCUCCGCCGCCGCCGACGGCGCCUUCAAGCUCGUCACCGAGGCGUGGGAGGCCAUCAGCUCCGGCCACGCGCCCUUCUUCUCCGGCGACGACGUGGAACGCGACGCGCCAAAGCCGCCGCCACCGCCAAGACGCCAGAGUCCGGCGCCGCCGCCGCCGCGGCAGCACAGCCAACGCCGCGCCACCCGCGACUACGGAGAAGAACAUGUCCGGCACGACGGCUGCUGCACGGAGAACUACAGGUCGACAAGGUAG